UUGCAGAGUGAAGGCAGAGUCAGCAGUGGGCCUGUGUCAACCCACUUCCUGCUUCUACCUAUCCGUUCGCCCCUCUCGUACCAGGCUGUCCUGGUAGAAAGCUAGCGGGAGUUAAGCUUCUUCAGCGCGCUAUUUAUCGCGUACGUUCCUCCACGUUCCUUACUGUAGCCUCGCACGCCCGGUUUCCCUGUGAUUACUGUGGCGGCGAUGAGGGGCAGCUCGGGCUUGAAGCGCGUGGGGAAGUACGAGGUGGGGCGCACGGUGGGCGAGGGCAACUUCGCCAAGGUGAAGGUGGGGCAGCACGUGGAGAGCGGCAGGCGCGUGGCCAUCAAGGUCAUGGACAAGGACAAGAUCCUCCGCCACCGCAUGGCCGACCAGAUAAAGCGCGAGGUGUCGAUCAUGAAGAUGGUUCGCCAUCCCAACAUCGUCCAGCUCAUCGAGGUGCUGGCGUCGCGCAGCAAGAUCUUCAUGGUGCUCGAGUUCGCCGCGGGCGGGGAGCUCUUCGACAAGAUCGUAUACCGCGGGCGGCUGCCGGAGGACGAGGCGCGGCGGUACUUCCAGCAGCUCGUGGACGCCGUCGACUGCUGCCACGCCAAGGGGGUGUGCCACCGCGACCUCAAGCCAGAGAACAUGCUGCUGGAUGAGCACGGCAAUCUCAAGGUCUCCGACUUCGGGCUCAGCGCGCUGCCGCAGCAGCUCAGGGAGGAUGGUCUGCUGCACACCACAUGCGGCACGCCCAACUACGUCGCUCCCGAGGUGCUGCACAACAAGGGGUACGACGGGCGGCUGGCGGACGUGUGGUCGUGCGGCGUCAUCCUCUUUGUGCUGCUGGCAGGCUACGUGCCCUUCGACGAGCCCGACCUCGUGCUGCUCUACGACAAGAUAUCCCGCGCGCACUUCAAGUUCCCGCCCUGGUUCUCCCUCGAGGUCAAGCGCCUCAUCACUCGCAUCCUCAACCCCGACCCCUCCACUCGCCCGGGGCUGGACGCCAUCCGCCAGGACGUGUGGUUCCAGAGGGGCUACCAGCGCGCCAAGCCCCUGGCGGACGCCGUGGGGGGCGAGGGGGACGCGGCGGACGUGCUGCUGGAGGCGGGGCUGCACCCCGUGACCGAGCUGUCAGUGCGGGUUGCCCACUCGCCCUCCCUGCAGGCCUCCCUGCCCGUCUCCCUCGACCCGCCCUCCCGCUCCUCCAGUCCGCCCGCCACGGCAGCAGCAGCAGAAGCAGCAUCAUCAUUGGGUGGCGGGGGGGCGCAGGCAGGGAUGGCAGAGGAGGGGCGGUCGGGGCCGCUGGUGGGGGGCGGGGCGGAGGAGUGUCCGGAGCUGCUGAACGCGUUUGACCUGAUAGCGCGUGCGCACGCGCUGGAUCUGGGGGCGCUCUUCCAGCGCCGCGCCGGCCCCAUUCUGCGCCCCACCCGCUUCGCCUCGCGCCUGCCGCCCGCCCUCAUCCGCUCGCGCCUCCUCGCCCUCUCACCCCUGCUCCACGCGCACGCCCACGCCACUCACUUCAAGAUUCGGCUGGAGCGGCCAGGAUCAGCACAAGGCGGCCAUCUAGCCGUGGUCAUUCAGAUAUUCGAGAUGACGGCGGGCCUCUUCAUGGUGGAGGCGCGCAAGGCAGCCGGCGACACCCUCGAGUACCACAAGUUGUAUCGCAGCCUGCUGGCGCGGGUGAAGGACAUGGUGUGGCACCCGGAGGGCACUGCUGCCCUGCCAGCAGCGCCACAAGCACCACUCGCUGUCCCACGACCGCUUGCAACUGCACAAUCAACACCCGCACUGCCACAAGCACCUGCACCAGACGAAGCAGCAGCAGCAGGUGUGGUCAAUGGAGUGGCAGUGGGUGGCAGUGUGAAGGUAGAGCACAAGGGGGGAGCAGCAGGUUUGUUGGAGGAGAAGCGCAGAGGUGCACCGACCAUGCAUCCUGUGAAUGGAGAUGUGGCGGCGCAUAGCACACGCGGCCUCUCAGGCUGACACGGUAUAGUGUGGAGCAGGCCCCUGGAUAUCAGACUUUUUACGCUGAUUCAGCCUUUUUUCAGGGAUUUCCGUGGUAGCAAGGCUUUUUUAUUGGGCUUUUUUUGUUGGUCAAUGCUGAAAAAUCAUCUUUUUUUUAAAAGCCAAUAUCUGUAAUUUC